AUGCAAUACUGGGACCUCCCAGAAUGCAGCAUCUGCCAUGAACGGCUAUCAUAUUCCCUUUGUACUCUAUCGCAAUGCGGCCAUGUAUACCAUGAUCAGUGUAUUAGGCAGUGGACUAGUAAGCACAAGAGUGAAAUCCAUAACAAUUGCCCUCUAUGCCGUAAAAGCAUAACAAAGACUGGAAUUGUGCCCUUGAAAUAUGAAACAACGCCCAAAAAAAUUGGAGAUACAAAUGAUGAACAAAUUAAUUUCUUGGAGGGUGAAAUUAAGUUUUUGAGGGGUAAACUCACGAAUAUAAACAAUCAGAAUUCUUCGCUCAAUUUGAUUAAAGAAUCAUUAAAUGAUGAAAAUAUCAAAUUAUCAUCAAAGUUAGAUGCAUCAGAUCGUAAAAAUUCCGAAUUGCUCAACAAAAUAAAAGAUUAUGAGCUACAAAUUAAUUCACUUAGUGCCACAAACAAACGUUUGUCUGAAUCUUUGGAGGAUUACAAGUCAAAAGUCGCCAAAAACGACGCUUUCAAAAAAUAUAUCAAAAGUAUAACAGAAUGCGAGGGGGAUAUACUAACCAAUUUAUCAAAAGACGAAAAGAUAAAUGUAUUGCUACAGCGUGUUAUAUACCUUACCCGGUUUAAUAAGGAGUUGUCCCUGGUUAGAGACAAGUGGAAAAAAAGUUAUAACGAAAUAAAUACGUUGUAUUCUGAACUAAAAAGCGAGUAUUUAAACCUGGCAACAUUCGAUUCAUCCAACGAUACAAAGAAGGAUGAUUUGGUCAACUUCACAAAGAUCAAAUCCAAUAGCGACGAAUUUAUGAUCAGUCCUGGAAGAUUAUUUGACGACAAAAUCAAGCUUCUAAACCCACAGAACAUAAAAGCUACGAAAUUACCCACACAUUCUGCGUUUGAGAAACGCAAAAUGUUACAGCAAAUGAACAUUAUUAGGCCAAUUAAAAGGCAACAGGGAAUUAAGACUUUUUUUGAGCCAAUUAAUUAG